CUUUUCAAGGUCUUUUGAUUACAGGUUAUUCUGUUCAUUGAUCGUUAAAACCCCAACUUUCUAAAUCUAGGGUUCUUUGUCUGAAGACAAAAGUAUGUCAGGCAGAAAUCGUGCACCUCCGCAUCCAAUCAAUGGUCUACCACACCCCGGGCUUCCCCCUAUGCACGAACAUCCAUUCGGUAGAGGUCUUGGUCCCAUGCCUCAUCCAGCCCUCCUUGAAGAAAUGAGAGAAGCUCAAUUCGGGCGAGGCCCAAGACCUUUACCCCCCCACCCUGCCAUAAUCGAGGAGAGCCUAGCAGCUCAACAUCAGGAAAUUCAAGGGCUUCUCAUCGAUAACCAGAGAUUGGCUGCAACCCAUGUCGCGUUAAAACAGGAAUUAGAGGCUGCCCAGUAUGAGCUUCAACGCAUGGCUCAUUUUUCUGGAUCUAUGCGCUCCGAGAAGGAUAUUCAGCUAAAAGAAGCUUAUGAGAAGUGUAUGAAAAUGGAAGCUGAUCUUCAUGCUUCAGAGGCUAUGAGGGCGGAGCUUCUGCAAGUUCGCACUGACAUUCAGAAGCUCACUGCUGCAAGACAAGAGCUUACUAGUCAGGUUCAGGUGCUCAGUCAAGAUUUGGCUAGAGCUAAUGCGGGGUUGCAGCAGGCGCCGGCUUUGAAGGCCGAAAUAGACACCAUGAAACAGGAAUUGCAGCGAGCUAGGGCUGCUAUUGAUUAUGAGAAGAAAGGCCAUGCUGAAAAUUACGAACAGGGUCAAGCCAUGGAAAAGAAUCUGAUUGCCAUGGCUCGUGAGGUGGAAAAGCUGCGAGCAGAGAUUGCUAAUGCGGAAAAGAGAGCACGUGCUGCUGCUGCUGUUGGAAACCCUGGUUCAGGGUAUGGUGGAAAUUACGGCAAUCCAGAUAGCGCAUACGGAGGAAAUCCCUAUCCUGCUGGCUAUGGCAUGAGUCCUGUACAGGCUGGUGCUGAAGGUGGACAUCAAUAUGGAUCUGGUCCUCAAUAUGGACCUGGACAAGGUGCUUGGGGUGCUUAUGACAUGCAGCGAGCUCAUGGACGCAGAUAAACUAGUGUGAUGUUAUGCUGAGUCGUCCUCUCGUUUUGCUUACCUGCUGCUGGUUGAUUAGGCCACUACUUAGUAGAUGCCGAGGUUGGGGUCUGAAGAGUUGUCUCAUGAAUGACAUUAUAGUGGAUAUUCUCAAUACUGUUGAAAUCUGGAUAUUUUAAUCCUAAUUGAAAUAUUGGCAAUUUGGUUUU